GAUCACUGUACUACCAAACAUCACACUAUCAUCAUGACUUCACACGCGAUCAAUGGAGCUGGAGCCCCUGUGCCUCAAGCGAAGACUCUUCUUGUACACAUUGUUGACCAUAUGGCCAAAACAAAGCCACAAGCUCUAUACGCCGAGUUCCCCACUUCGCCAGUGACCUAUGAUGAAGGUUUUCGCAGAGUUACCUAUAAGGAUUUCGCAAAUGCUAUUAAUGGAGUUGCAUGGUGCUUGCAUGGCAAUCUUGGGGCGGGGAAGGAGCUUGAAACUCUAGCCUAUAUUGGCCCCAAUAAUCUUAUUUACCCUUCGCUAAUCUUGGGAGCUGCUAAAGCUGGCUACAAGGUGCUUCUUCUAUCGCCACGAAAUAGUGUUGCUGCUCAACUUGAUCUCAUAAAGGCUACGAGAUGUAGAACAUUCAUUACUUCUGGUCGACCAUUGCCAUCCGUGGCAGCGAUUUUAGCUGCUGCCGGCUCUGCACUGCAAACAUUAGAGAUCCCAACGGUUGAAGAUCUGUUGGCCACUCCCUCACAACACUAUCCAUAUGACAAGACUUUCGAUGAAGUAUGCGAUGAGCCGUUGGUCGUCAUGCACACUUCUGGGUCAACUGGCUUUCCUAAACCCAUCAGUUGGACGCAUGGUUUUUGCGCAGCUUAUGCAACGUCAUUGUCAUUAAGCCCUCCAGCAGGGUUCGAAAGUGUAGAUAAAAUGUACGAAGGAAAUCGUAUAUUUGUUAUGUUUCCUCCUUUUCAUGCCGCCUGCAUCUUGCAUGUGCUCGUUAAUGGAAUAACGUUCCAAAGUUCCGUGAUCCUCCCAUUGCAGGCUGCAAUACCUUCAGCGCAGUCUCUGUCUGGAGCAUUGAAAAAUAACAAAAUUGAUGUUGCUUUUGUCGUGCCAUCAAUCUUGGAGGAAAUUAGUAAGUCACCAGAGCUCUUAGGUUACAUUUCUUCCAAGCUUGAGACUGUAGUGUACUCUGGAGGAGAUCUACCUCUUGGUUGUGGCAACAUAGUGGCAUCUCGUGUGAAAGUCAUCAAUUUUUACGGAAGUACUGAAGGCGCAAGUCUUCCUUUGGUUUCUUUAACCGAAGAUAUGGCACGGGAAGACUGGAAAUAUCUUCAUAUACAUCCCAACGCGGGUGUAGAAUUUCGGCCCUAUAACGACACAGUAUACGAAUUAUUCAUUGUCCGCGAGAAGAACUUUGAGAAUCAUCAGCCAAUUUUCAAGACAUUUCCUGAUCUCCAAGAAUACCAGACUCGCGAUUUGUUUGUUCCUCACUCCUCGAAACCGAAUCGCUGGAGUCACUAUGGAAGAUCUGAUGAUAUCAUCGUCCUGGUAAAUGGAGAGAAAACAUACCCUGUUCCUACCGAGCAACACAUUCUGUCUAGUCACCAUGAGAUAAGCGGGGUGAUAGUAGCCGGUUCUCAACGUUUUCAAACCUCGCUAUUAUUAGAAGUCACGAGUAAAGAGGAAUUAACGCCCUCUCGUAAACUUACCAUAGUGGAGGCUAUAUGGCCUUCGAUCGAAAAGGCAAAUACAACAUGCCCAACGCAUGCGCGAAUAGCUAGAUCUCAUAUCUUUUUCGUUCCUUCGGAUCGUCCUAUGAUUAGAACACCCAAAGGGACCAUUAUGAGAGCAGCUAGCUUGGCGCAAUACAACAAAGAGCUUGAUGUACUCUAUGAAACAGCUGAUCAGACUUCCAUCGAGUUCAGUACAGCUUCGAUCCCACAACUGGAUCUUCAUGACUUCGGGAGUUUGAUUUCAUAUCUGAAACGUACUAUCUCGACGUUUACAAGCGUGACCUUUGACGACGAAGACAAUUUUUUCAUAAAUGGUAUGGAUUCCUUGCAAGCUUUGCUGUUCGCACGAAACUUGAAGCGGGCUUUCAAUCUUCCACAAUUGGCCGUCAAUGAUAUCUAUUCAAAUCCAUCACUCAUCUUGCUCGCCCGAGCUUUACAACAUGCCUCGAGACAAGAACAGGAUAUGAGCCCGUCAUUACUCGCUGAGACACGUGUGAAAAGGAUUGAGCAUUUAAUUGCGGAAUAUUACAGCUUGAUUGAUCGAAUUCCCAGCUCAGAACACAGUCCUGUUUCAUUGUCUGGAACAAAAAGUGGAAGUAUUCUUCUUACAGGCUCGACAGGUGGGCUAGGUUCUUAUAUCUUGCAAAGACUCUUGACUACCGCUACCACUGCGCAUGUUUAUUGCCUUAAUCGAUCCACUGACAGCAAAUCAUUGCAGAUUGAAAGGAACAGGAGUCGAGACUUGCUUACAGAGUUUCCCAAAGACCGUGUUACAUUUCUUUCUGCUGAUCUUUCAAAGUCCAAGCUAGGGCUUGGGGAUGAAGUCUACAAUUAUCUCCUGCAAAACGUUACGCAAAUUAUUCACAACGCUUGGCCAGUCAAUUUUCAUAUCAAUUUAUCAUCAUAUCAUCCACAUCUUCUGGGAGUUGUCAACUUGGCCAAAUUUGCGAGUGAAGCUUCGAGGUCACCAUCAUUUUUGUACAUUUCCUCAGUCAGUGCAGUAUCCAAUUUUACCUCUGUCAGCGAUUCAGUCAACAGGAUCCCAGAAACAAUUAUAAACGAGGCUUUGGCAUCCGAGUCAAUGGGUUAUGGUGAGAGCAAAUACAUAUCAGAAAGAAUCUUGGACUACGCCAGCAAAAAAAUUCAAGUCAAAGUAAACAUUGCACGUGUUGGUCAGAUAGCUGGUCCCAUCCAAGGACCAUCUGUAUGGGGCCGGGAUGAAUGGUUUCCAAGCUUGAUGAUAUCCUCUUCUUUUGUCGGUGCGGUGCCGAAUUCCUUGGGAUUGGAUUUGGACAGGAUUGAUUGGAUACCUGUCGAUGCUCUAUCCGAGAUACUUCUCGAGCUUUGUCAAUUUCCACAGCAUGGUAAAGAGAUUGACGGCGCAAAAGUGUUUAAUUUAGUCAAUCCACGCCAGGAAAAGUGGGGAAACUUUCUGGCAACAGUCAUCGAAGUGCUCUCUUCAUGCAACUCUGCUGGAAAGAGAAUCGAGAAAAUAAGUCUCAAGAGCUGGAUUCAAAAGGUUGAAGAUACAGUGGAUCACCAGUCUCAUCACAGAACGGUAGAGAGCAACGAAAAGGAAACAUGUUUCAAUCGCCUGGUAGAAUUGAACCCGGCAAUCAAAUUAAUUCAUUUUUACAGAGCGGAAGAAAAAAGUAAGAAGGGUAAAGAGUGGGAGACUGAAAGGGCGCAGAUGCAGAGCAAGAGGCUUCAGAACUUGGGGAAAGUAGAGAACAUUUGGUUAGAAAAAUGGAUCAAGGCGUGGAUGAACAACAAUUUUACGAAUUCGAACAAGAGUUCAGGUGCUGGAGAGUAAUUCGUAAGAUUUUCUAUUGGUAUCAACUUGCUUUAUAAGUGUCAGGGCACUUUAGUCUUUUGUAGUUGUAAUAGUUCUUGAUAAUUUCCAUCUUUGAUAAGCCA